ACCUGCACCGCUUGGCUCACCAGGACAGCUCAGGAUGAUGGAUCACUAUUAAUCACGUUCUGGCUUCACUCCCAAGUGGGUGUCAUGAGAAAUAGUUUUCUCUUGUUGUUGGGCUUUACCAGGUAAAAUUGAGAACAUUGAAUGUUUUUGGUAAUCAACAAUUACUUCCUUAAAGUAAAGUUUCAAAUGAACCCAUGGGUGGGAGUGUGGUGGAGCACAAGGUGUGGUGUUAGGAGACAACUACGGCGACAGCGUAACAGUGGAUUUAUGUCCGAUACCGUCGUCAGAAAUCAGGUGCCACAUCUUCCACCAAUCUCUCUCUCUCUCUCUCUUUUAUAACUCAUCAGUUCCCCAAAGUGCUCGUUCCAUCUUGUCUUCACUCUCUCCUCAUUUAUGGGUGAACUCUUCCAGCAACAACUGCACACUAUCAUUCCCGUGUUCCUCCAAUGAGAUGUUUCUGUUGGCGGGAAGCAAACCAGCAGCUGGAAGAAGUGACCGCAUCUCCAUCUACCAGAGGAUUCGUGAUUAUGAGGUUCUGGACAGAAGGAAGACGGUGACGGCUCUGAGGGCGGGGGAGGACAGAGCCGUACUGCUGGGCCUCAGCAUGGUCUUCUUCUCCAUCAUGAUGUAUUUUGUCCUCGGCAUCACCAUACUGCGCUAUUAUUCCAACAGUGUAUGGACAGAAGAGGAUACCUGUACAAUUGUGAAUGCCUCCAUUGUGCAGGAUGUUAACUGUUCCUACGGCUGUGGAGCAGAGUGCUGGAGGAGCUCCCGCGUCCCUUGUCUUCAAGUCUUCGUCAGCCUCAACACAUCAGGAAAGGUGCUGCGAUUGCUGCACAAUGAGGAUGCACAGGACAGCAGUGCCGAGUGCUUCUACCUUCCAAGGUGCCGCAAGAACUACGCCAGCACUCACGCGGCGGUCCAGAAUGUCUCUGAGAGUCUCCGGUCUCAGCACACCGUGCAGUGCUUCAUCGACCCCUCGGACAGAGCAGACAGCGCCAUCCUGACCCAGGUUUACAGCCGAGUGGCCGUUUUCCACUCCCUGUUCUGGCCCACCUGCACCCUGGCCGGAGGAACCGUCAUCAUCGCCAUGGUGAAGCUGACCCAGUACCUGUCCGUCAUGUGUGACAGACUGAGCCGCAUCAAGAGAUGAAGGGUGGCCGAGCUGCAGGCAUCAUGUUAGCUGCCCAAACAUGAACACAACUGGGGACAACUGGAGAUGUUUAUGGGGCCAAGAGGAGAGAACAAGAUGCCUCAAAGAUGACAUGUACUCAGUCUGUGACAUGAGCUGUAGACUCUGAUCAUCAAAACAUCACAAAGAGACACAGAUAUAUAUCUGAAGAUAAUCUGUGUAUCAGUACUGCUGUGAUGACAAUACUGUGCAAAUGAGUCUUGUUAUAUCACUUUGUCUCCUGAGACAAGCUGCGGGCUGACAGCUAAAACGCUCACGGAUGGAUGCUCCUGUUCACUAAAUACUACUCCCAUUAUCUGUACAGUAAGGUUUAUGUUGUCGUUCAGUGAGUCACUGUCCAUGUUUUGAAAGAUUUAUAUGUGGAAACUGUGUGGUAGUGACAUCUCAGUAGAAAACACCUGAAAGCAAGAAGUAGAAAAGGCUAUUUUUCUGUUUUCUUCCUGGUCUCAGACGGCCCAUUAAAGCCGUGGUUCAUUCCUGGUCCUGGAGAGACUAUCCUGGUGUCAGACAUGGCUCUGUCACCAACUAAGCUAUGUGGACCAUGAUGACAACCUGAUGACAACCAUUAAUUAGAAUAACAUAGAGUAGGGAUGCCCCGAUACCAUUUUUAAUUUGUGUACUUGCCGAUACCGAUACGAUACUUCUACCACAAAAAUAACUAGGCUAAAAAUGCAAUGAGAAAUGCAAAGAUUUGGAAGACAGGUUUUAUUUGCAACACAUAAACACUGGCACUGUCUUCACAUUUAAGAAAAUAUCAAACAUAUAACACAUCAAUGAAACAUCAUAUCACGGCUCGAGUGCGUCGAGAAGACGGUGAAAUCCUUCUUCUUCUCCAACUGAGAGUGGCUGCACAUCCAGGUAUAUAAGGGUUAGAGCCUCCGGUAUUUUAACUUGUCUCUUGCCGUUGUCUGUCUCUUUUGCAGAACCUGAGCUAAUGUUGCUGUUGUGUUCUUGCAGUAGCAUCAGUAACCUCUGUAAACUCAGCUUUAUGAUGCGUCUUGAGAUGUUUUAUCAAGUUGCUGGUAUUAAACGACGUAUUCUCCUUUCCUCCUCUUGACACCUUACUGAGUUUGAGCUUGCGUUCACGACCGUUCUCGUGCACCACCAACUGCAACGUCGCUUGCUUAGUACGCGAGGUAGCGCGUGGUACCGGCGGUGACCGAUAGGGGGCAGUAAGCAGAGCAACAGUUGGAAAAGUGAUUAAAUAUUUAGUAGUAGCGGUAGUAGCAGUAGAAGAUUAGAACAACAAACAAGUUUACAUGACACCAUUGGAUGAAGAGAUUAUAACAUUGCUUUGGUUGAGAUCUCGGCAAAGGAAACGGCGUCAGCGCCAUCAGAGAUGGUAUGUUAGACUGUUGUAUCAGCUGGUAUCUGGGGGACCAGCACCACUCGCGGGCAGAGCGAGAACUGCAGGUCACGUUCUCUCUUCUCAUCACCACGCUGAUUGCAGCUCAACAUCUCCCCCUAGAGUCACUAAUCAGUAAUUACAACAACAAUGAAGUGGUAUCGGUGCGUGCUAUCGGAGAAUCUUUGCCAGUACGAGUAUAUGAGAGCAGUAUCGGUAUCGGGGCAUCCUUAGAAUAGAGUAGAAUAGAAUAGAAUAGAAUAGAAUAGAAUAGAAUAGAAUAGAAUAGAUCAGAUCUUUAUUGUCAUUGUCACCAGGUACAACAAAAUUAAAAGUGCUCUCCAGUCGGUGCAUCAUAUAUAAAAUAAAAUAAAUACAAAAUAAAUAAAAUGAAAUAAAAACAAAUAAAAUAAAAUAAAUAUAUAUCUAGACACAUUCACCCCUCCACACACACAUCAACACACGGACAUUACAAGAACUUUUUUCAACAUACAAUCAUUUUUGUAAUUGCACAUUAGCUCCUGUUUUUGUUAAGAGUGGUUAUUGCUGUUGGGUAAAAGCUGUUUGAGUCUGUUUGUCCUCGUUUAUGUUCUCCCUCCUGAGGAUCCUGAGGAAGUCCAGUCUCUGCUGGGCCUUUUUCAGCAGCUCAGAGGUGUUCACACUCCAGGUCCGGUUCUCCUCCAUGUGGACUCCCAUACCGGAAGUUGGCUGCCCUCUCUACACAAUCCCUGCUGAUGAUGAGCAGAGGAAUCUCUGUCUUUUUCCUCCUAUAGUCUAUUACCAGCUCUUUCAGGAGGAGGUUAUUGUCUCUGCACCACCACGACAGCCGCACCACCUCGUCUCUGUAUGCAAACUCAUCCCCCCCGAGAUAAGCCCCAUCCCUGUAGAGUCGUCAGCAAACUUCACUAUAGUCAGUACUGGAGUUGAGGGGGGAUGAGGGGGACGGCAUCCCCCCCUGAAAUAAAAACCGUCCAAAUCAUCCCCCCCUGAAAUAAAAACGGUCCAAAUCAUCCCCCCUGUAAAACUGCCAUCCCUCCUUUCCAUCCCUUAUGUCAUUUCAUCAAUGAAUGUGGUUUUACUGCUAUUUCAACAUUUAGAGU